CCAGACAUCAACACAAGAGAGCAAAGUGUUUGAAUUCUUUGCACAUAAUAUAGCGCAACGCGACCCUCGCCCCUCGCCCAUAUCGAGCACCAAUCUACCUGAAACCGCUCGGUCAAGGUAGUAGAGUGCUCGUAUAUCACAUUACGCAUGGCCGACUCAGACCAGCAGUAUGACUUUUACGACGAUCCAUCCCUGGACGACGAACAGUCUAUCGUAUCUACCCGGAACAUAGAGGCUUUCGGUCGGAAAGUUACCACAACGGCCAGUCAUUUGAUGGGCCCGCUUUCCGAGCAAGCCAAGCAUCCAUCACAAUACAAUGCCGCUAUGAUAGAGGUGCACAAGCAGUUCAAACGACCAUCCGUCCGCCGAAACGUGCUAUCCAUGGCCAAAACAACUCCCACCGACAUGGUCCGGUCGAAGCUGUCCGCCAACGAGAUCCAGCAUCGCGCCCUGUCCUGUCUCCCCGACGAGCUCUUGGUGAAUAUCCCGGAGGACCAGUCGUCCUAUUCGCUCUUCCAAGGCUUCCAGGCCAGCUUUCCGGACUUCACCGAAGAUGGGAGGAAACACAGACGCCGUACAUCUAGGGGGAGGAAGCUUAUCGACGAUGGGAAUCAGGAACCCCCCGGCCCACACUCUCUGCACAAGCUCAAGAAGGAAAAAUCCGACAUGAUGCACGAGCUGGAGCUGCUGAGCAUACGGAAGAACAUGGCCAGCAGCGAAAUACGGGAUAUCGACAACAAGAUCGCCAACCUGGCCGGCAUGAGGAGGCUUAUCCUAGAUCGACUGGCGGCACUUGAACAGGACGAGACCAUGUUGGAACACGACAUCGUCGACGUCGAAGGUCGACUGGAGGAGGCGCAGCAUCUAGUCGACGAGGCCGAGACUCUAGCUGCGCAGACCCCCACCAAGGAAGAAGAAGACUUAGCCAUCGGCCACGAUGACGGCUUCAUGUCGCAGUCUAUCUACGAGAAGAUCCCUGCCGUCUCGACCCCCCCUCCGAAGACGAGAAAAGCAAGAGUGAUCCGACGCAAAUCUAUGCCCAUCCUUCAUGAGCACUUCGAGCCUGGUAGCUCUAUUAGAGAGAUUCGGGCGCACCGGGACACUAUCACCGCGUUGGAUUUCGACGCACCCUUUGGGAUGAUGGUCACUGCAGCUAUGGAUGAUACUGUCAGAGUGUGGGAUUUGAACGCAGGACGAUGCAUGGGGCUUCUCGAGGGGCAUGCGGCAUCGGUCAGAGCGCUGCAGGUGGAGGACAACAUCCUGGCGACAGGUUCAAGAGACGCGACCAUCCGGCUUUGGGACCUCAGUCGGGCACACUACGAUCCGCACGGCGGCCAGUUCGGGAGGGGAGGAGAUGAAGACGACGAUGGCAUCGCAUUCGAGAACCCAGACGACCAGCCUGUGGAGCCUCCCGAGGGAAGCAUGGCAGACUGCGAGCUCAUCACCCUGCGCGCCCACGUGGACGAGAUCACGGCGCUCCACUUCCGGGGCGAUAUCAUGGUGUCGGGCUCGUCCGACAAGACCCUCCGGCACUGGGAUCUCGAGAAGGGCCGCUGCGUCCAGACGCUGGACGUGAUGUGGGCGGCAGCGCAGGCGUCGGCUAGUUUGGGCAGCGAGAGCUCAUGGAGGCAAACGAACCGGGCACUCGACAGAACCGCCGACUUUGUGGGGGCGGUCCAGGUGUUCGAAUCGGCGCUCGCCUGCGGUACCGCCGAUGGCAUGGUGCGGCUGUGGGAUCUCCGGAGUGGUCAAGUGCACAGGAGUCUGGUUGGACACACUGGGCCGGUGACCUGCUUGCAGUUUGACGACGUCCACCUUGUUACGGGCAGCGCGGACCGGAGCGUCAGGAUGUGGGAUCUCCGCACAGGGUCCAUCUCGGACGCCUACGCCUACGACCAUGGCGUCACGAGCAUGAUGUUCGACACGCGGCGUAUUGUGUGUGCGGCGGGAGAGGACGUGGUCAAGGUGUACGAUAAGGUAGAGGGACGGCAGUGGGACUGCGGCGCCGGAAUCGUGAACGCAGAGGAAGGCAAGCUGGCGGCCAUUGUAGAGAAGGUGAGGGUACGGGACGGGUAUAUGGUAGAGGGCCGGCAGGACGGCAUUGUAGGAGUAUGGACAUGUUAAAGAUUGGGAAGUGCUGUUGUUGUAUAAAUAUGAUGAUGAUGGUGGGAAGGGG